AUGAAUGAUAUCGAAAACACACUUAGACAAACUAAUAGUACUGGUAGUUCAAAGGAUGAAAAUCGUGAAAAAAGACGAUAUCGACGUCAAGUGACAAAUCCUAUAUUAGAAACACAAACUACUACAACUAUUGGUAGUCCAUCGAUAUGUUUGGAUCUUCUUCAUUCAGGAGUACCAGCUAAUAAAACUAAUACUCUACCUGGUGUUGCACGAUCUACAAAUUCAAAAUCUAGUUCAGUCGUAACAACACCUGGUGCUGGAAAUUCAAAUUCAUUACCUGGUCAUCAAUCUGGUCGAUCAAAAAUAGAAAGUUUUCGUCUAUUAGAUCAACAAGCAUUAAAUAUAUCAGACAAUUUAAAUACAAGUGGUAAAGAUGGUGACUAUAAUAUAAAUAGUUCUUCAGCAUCAGCAUUAUUACGUAAAAAAAAUUUAUCAACAUCUGAUUUGGAUCCACAUGAACGUAAAAAACAAGCAGCAUUAGCUAAAGUUGAAGCAAAAUUAGAAAAAGCACAACGUUUAUAUUUAAAAGCUCAACAAAGUGUUGAACAAGAAAUAUCAGAUUUUCUUCGUGUUACAACAAUACCAAAUACAAAUAAUGAAAUAACUUCUUCUCGAACAACAAAUGCUACAUUUGAUAAACGUAUACGAACAUUACAAGAUACAAAAAAAGAAUUAGAAAAAAAAAUUGCUAAUUAUCAUACAGAUAUUUCACGUAUACAAGCCGGUGAUAUACCACAUAAUUAUACAUUAUCAAAAGAUCUAUUUACUAAUAUAAAAAGUACAGCAGCAAAAGUUACUGGUGGUAGUUUAAAACAUCGUUCAACAACUACGACAGAUCAACCAAUAACUGUUUCAACACCAAAUACAAAUGAACAAACAAUACCAUUUCAUUAUCCAGAAUCGGAUAGUCAUCAUCAUAAUCCAAAUUCAUCAACAACAUUAGUAUCAUCAUUACCACAACCAUCAUCAUCAUCAUCACAAUCACCAUCAACAAUAACAACAACAUUUACAAGUGGACCAAUAAAUAAUAAUCAAAAUGUAUCAAUACAAAAUCAAUAUAGUAAUACAUUUGAACCUGCUCAUUCAUCUGUGUCAAGUGUCGGAACAAAUGAAAUUGGAAAUUCUCAAUUUUAUAUUGAUUCAAGUCAUGAACAUGUUUAUGACAGUGAUAAAUUAAGUCGAAAAAACGAUGCAAACAUUCCAGCUGAUGGAUCAACAAUACAUGAUAAUGAAAAAUCACCUUCAGCAAAACGACGUUUUACUGAUGAUUCACUUGUUGACUCUAAUGAUCGAACAUCAGAUCAUUCAGUUGAUGAUCGAUAUAAUAGUAGUGUAUCGAAACGAAAUACACCAGUAAAUAUUAUUUCUCUCAUUAAAAAAAAAAACAACAUAAUAAACUUAAAUAAAAUAAUUUUCUAUUAG